UUAUUGUGAAAUGAUCUCAAGUACUGCGAAGUCGUUGAGGACAAACCUUCUACAACAAACGAAUUUUCAGGGAAUCUAUCGCUUUAACAGCUACCUAGGAUAUUUUUGUAUUUGAAUAAUUAUGAGUGUUAUGGAAUCAAAAAUUAAAAGAGCAGAAGCAAGAUUACGAGAAGACCCUUAUGAGGGUCAUCAAAUGAUUCGUACUUUAGUAAAUCGACUGGUCAUGUCGAAAAAAUACGAUGAUUCAAUAGGUUUACUAUACUCGGGUGCAAAGACUCUUUUUGAGCUCCAACAGAGUGGUAGUGCUGGAGAUUUAUCCAUUUAUUUGAUAGAUGUUUACAUUAAGGCAUCAACUUCUGUAUCAGCAGACUACAAAGCAAAGGCUCUAGCUCUUCUUGGGAGCUUCCCCUCCGAAGAGGGAAGUAGAAAGCAAUACGUGAAGAAACUACUUGAAUGGGCCAAUUGUACUGGACCUCAGGGAGAUUGUGAUAUCCAUGCAUCGGUCGGGAUUAUGCUUAUGAAAUGGGGAGAUCCAGUUUCUGCUGAGCGACACUUAGUCGUUGGAAAUGAGAAGUGUCCCGCUUUUUAUGCUCAAAUGUUGUUCAAUUGGGCUAAUACAUCCAAAAAUGAAGAUCCUGCUUUAUUUAUUGGACGCGCUGUUCUCAAGUAUCUUUUGGUUGGAAGUCCAGCCAACGCUCUACAGUGUUUAACGAUAUUUAUGCAGUUGUUCGAACGAUCUGGACAUUCACCAGAUGAGACCUUCUCCAUUGACGGGAUUCGUAUUCCAGUUUUUAACUCUUAUCCUUACCUCAAUUACUUACAUUUGCUUAUCCUUGCUGCUUAUCGAAAGGAUAAGGAAACAUAUCUGUCGCUUUCACAAAAAUACCCUAAAAAGCCGGAAUGGGAGUCGGCUCUCACUAAAGUUGAAGAGGCUUAUUUUGGUAUUCGUCCUGUUAAUACUCAACCCAACAUGUUGGCUAAUCUCAUGAGUUCCUUGUUUAACAAUUCUUCAGGAGGGGGGAAUGCCAUUGACUUGGAAUAGACCUAAUAUGUAGGAGACUUCAUUACGGAAGCUUAGGGUUAUUAAAAGAGCUUCUUGCAUGCAAAACAUAGAAACGUUUAAUCUGCUCUACAUGAUCGCUAUACAAAUUAGCAUUAUUCAAAUCACCAAACAAUUGGAAUCUCCAUUAAAUAUCUUAGUAUUUAUAUAUAAUUCUUUUUACUUUGUAGCAUGGAGUACCCAACUGUUACGUUUACUGAAUGGAAUUUCUAUCUUCUAUUGGACCAUAAGCUACUAAUACUUUUAUUAUUUCGUUGUUGUUGUAUUUUCCUGUUUGUAGCCAAUGUGUCUUAAAUUUAUCUUCUUUAAAUACUCUUGACUCAAAGCGUAUAUAAUGCUUACAGG